AUGGUUGAAAGAGGGCCCGACCAGUGGUUGGAGCAAAUAAAGAAUUGCAUAUCCCUUUCUGAAAAUGACAUGAAACAGCUUUGUGAGCUCGUGAAAGAGCUUCUAAUGGAAGAGUCCAACAUUCAGCCGGUUCUGCUGCCGGUGACCGUUUGUGGAGACAUUCAUGGCCAAUUCCACGACUUGCUAGAACUUUUUAAAAUAUCCGGUGGCAUACCCACAGAAGAUAACGACACGAACUAUAUAUUUUUGGGGGACUACGUCGACAGAGGAUACUUUUCAUUGGAGACAUUCACGCUACUUAUGGUUUUGAAAGUGAAGUUCCCCAACCGGAUCACUUUGGUUCGUGGUAACCACGAGUCGAGACAGAUUACCCAGGUGUACGGCUUCUACGACGAGUGCUUAACGAAAUACGGUUCCACCACAGUGUGGAAGUACUGCUGUCAGGUGUUCGAUUUUUUGACGUUGGCAGCCAUCAUUGACGGGAAAAUUCUUUGUGUCCACGGCGGCUUGUCUCCCGAGAUUCGCAUGUUGGAUCAAAUCCGUGUGUUGAGCAGGGCUCAAGAAGUUCCUCACGAGGGCGGCUUCUGUGAUUUGGUAUGGUCCGACCCGGACAAUAUCGACAAGUGGGCCGUGUCGCCUCGAGGCGCUGGGUGGCUCUUUGGGUCAAAGGUUAGCCGUGAGUUCAAUCACAUUAACAAUUUGGACUUGAUAGCAAGAGCGCAUCAGUUAGUAAUGGAGGGUUUCCGGUAUCAUUUCAAGGAGAAGGAUGUGGUGACAGUGUGGUCUGCUCCAAACUACUGCUACAGGUGUGGUAAUGUUGCUAGUGUAAUGCAGGUUGGCAGUGAUUUGGAACCCAAUUUCAAGAUUUUCAGCGCUGUUCAGGAUGGCGAUUUGGCAGCUAAAAACAACCCCUCGAAGCAACAGAGAAUUGAUUACUUCUUAUGA